AUGGCGCGCAUCUCGCAUCAGGGUGCGGCCAAGCCCUUCACGGCUUGGACCACCAUCUUCUACUUGUUGCUUGUUUUCAUUGCCCCCCUCGCCUUCUUCGGCACCGCACACGCUCAGGAUGAGACGUCGCCUCAAGAGAGCUACGGAACUGUCAUUGGUAUUGAUCUGGGAACCACCUACUCCUGUGUCGGUGUUAUGCAGAAUGGAAAGGUCGAAAUUCUCGUGAACGACCAAGGAAACCGUAUCACCCCUUCAUACGUCGCUUUCACCGAUGAGGAACGCCUGGUCGGUGACGCCGCUAAGAACCAAUACGCCGCCAACCCCAGACGGACCAUCUUUGACAUCAAGCGCCUGAUCGGUCGCAAGUUCGAUGACAAGGAUGUCCAGAAGGACGCCAAGCACUUCCCCUACAAGGUCGUCAACAAGGACGGCAAGCCCCACGUCAAGGUCGAUGUCAACCAGACCCCCAAGACCCUGACCCCCGAGGAGGUUUCCGCCAUGGUUCUUGGUAAGAUGAAGGAGAUCGCCGAGGGCUACCUUGGAAAGAAGGUUACCCACGCCGUUGUCACCGUCCCCGCCUACUUCAACGACGCCCAGAGACAGGCCACCAAGGACGCUGGUACCAUUGCCGGCCUGAACGUUCUCCGUGUCGUCAACGAGCCCACCGCCGCCGCUAUCGCCUACGGAUUGGACAAGACUGGUGAUGAGCGCCAGGUUAUCGUCUACGAUCUUGGUGGUGGUACUUUCGAUGUCUCCCUCCUGUCCAUCGACAACGGUGUCUUCGAGGUCUUGGCUACCGCUGGUGACACCCACUUGGGUGGUGAGGACUUUGACCAGCGUGUCAUGGACCACUUCGUCAAGCUCUACAACAAGAAGAACAACGUCGAUGUCACCAAGGAUCUCAAGGCCAUGGGUAAGCUGAAGCGCGAGGUUGAGAAGGCCAAGCGUACUCUGUCUUCCCAGAUGUCCACCCGUAUUGAGAUCGAGGCCUUCCACAACGGCGAGGACUUCUCCGAGACCCUCACCCGCGCCAAGUUCGAGGAACUGAACAUGGACCUCUUCAAGAAGACCCUGAAGCCUGUUGAGCAGGUGCUCAAGGAUGCCAAGGUCAAGAAGUCCGAGGUUGACGACAUCGUCCUCGUCGGUGGUUCUACCCGUAUCCCCAAGGUCCAGGCUCUCCUCGAGGAGUUCUUCGGUGGCAAGAAGGCCAGCAAGGGUAUCAACCCCGAUGAGGCUGUUGCUUUCGGUGCUGCCGUCCAGGGUGGUGUCCUUUCCGGUGAGGAAGGUACCGGCGACGUUGUUCUGAUGGAUGUCAACCCCCUGACCCUGGGUAUUGAGACCACUGGUGGUGUCAUGACCAAGCUCAUCCCCCGCAACACGGUCAUCCCCACCCGCAAGUCCCAGAUCUUCUCCACCGCCGCUGAUAACCAGCCCACCGUCCUCAUCCAAGUUUACGAGGGUGAGCGUUCCCUGACCAAGGACAACAACCUGCUCGGCAAGUUCGAGCUUACCGGCAUUCCCCCGGCUCCCCGUGGUGUUCCUCAGAUUGAGGUCUCCUUCGACCUGGAUGCCAACGGUAUCCUGAAGGUUCACGCCAGCGACAAGGGCACCGGCAAGGCCGAGUCCAUCACCAUCACCAACGACAAGGGUCGUCUGUCCCAGGAGGAGAUUGACCGCAUGGUCGCCGAGGCCGAGGAGUUCGCCGAGGAGGACAAGGCCAUCAAGGCCAAGAUCGAGGCCCGCAACACCCUGGAGAACUACGCGUUCAGCCUGAAGAACCAGGUCAACGACGAGAACGGACUGGGUGGCCAGAUCGACGAGGACGACAAGCAGACCAUCCUGGACGCCGUCAAGGAGGUGACUGAGUGGCUCGAGGACAACGCUGCCACUGCCACCACCGAGGACUUCGAGGAGCAGAAGGAGCAGCUCUCGAACGUGGCGUACCCGAUCACCAGCAAGCUGUAUGGCUCUGCGCCGGCGGACGAGGAUGACGAGCCCAGCGGGCAUGAUGAACUGUAA